UCUACAGUCACGAGGUGUGAGGUAGGCGGAGUUUGUUAAGAACCUGCAAUCUAUUUGUAUCUUUCAUGCUAAUGUUUUAAAAAUUUUGGAUUAAUAAAUUCAUUCAACAAUUUUCUCCGUAAAAUGAAAAGGAAAAAAUAUAUAUAUUUUUAAGAUUUUAGUUAUAAUGGAAUAUAUCUAAAUUAUCACUUCACGUCUGAUAAAAAAGGAUUAGUAGUUGGUUUAAAAAAAUAUUAUUUAUAUUUAUACAAACAAAAUGUGACAAAAUGUGGACGUUUAUAAUGAAAAUAUCAUGAUUCUGCGGAUUUUAUUAACUUUAAAUCUGAUGCUUUAUUGUACAGUUUAUUCUGAAGAAAGGACAAAAAGAAGUUGUAAUAGUGGAUGUAUAAGGUGUUCAGAAGUGAACGGAUGUUAUAAAUGUAGACCACGAUUGUUUUUGUACCUUGCACGUACAGGAAUGAGGCAGACUGGACAUUGUAUACAUAGUUGUCCUAAGGGGUAUUUUGGGGUUCGACAUGAAGACUACAGUAUUUGCAAUAAAUGUCAGCUAGAUCACUGUAAUGCAUGCUUUAGUAAUAGCUAUUGCACCCAGUGUAAACACCCUUACAUAUCAUACCGUGGACGUUGUACUGAAAGUUGCCCAGAUGGACUUUAUUAUGCUAAUUACUCAAAAGACUGCCGCCUUCUUGUGGACUGUAUGGCUGGACCAUGGUCCUCUUGGACCCCAUGUGCUAGAAAUGGUCAAACUUGUGGUUAUAAAUAUGGUAUUACCACGAGAUCUCGUGAGAUUCUAGAACACCCUUCACCAAAUGGAGCAACAUGUCCAUCACUUGUAGAAAACAGGUGCUGCAGGAUGGAAAUGAGACACUGUGCAGAUAUUCUUCACAAUCAAUCUGAGUUUACAAAGUGGAAAUCCUUAUCAAAACACGACAGAAAAAUACUUCGUCGUCGGUAUAGGCGACGGAGGAGGAGGAAACACAAAAACAGGCACAAACAAAGAAAAAGGAAGAGGAAAAAUGAAACAAGAAAAGGAAAACAAAGAAAUAAAGAUAAAAAGAGACAUAAAAAGAAAAAUCGAUUAAAAAAUAAGCGAAAAAGGAGAUUAAUGCGACGAAAAGAAGCGUGGAAAGUUUUUUGUGGGAAUGGAAUCGUGUUUAAUGAUCUUAACUCUAUUCCUUUACUGGACUAAUGGUCGCACCUGCAAAGUAUUUCUUUGUCACAUUACCAAAUGAAUCCGUAAAAUCACAGUGGUUUCCUAACGCAAUCGUUCUUGUUAGAAUAUAUUCUUCCAACCCUCCAUUGAUUGUUAAUUAUGUUCCCUUUGAUGGUUCUCAUUUCAGUUGUGUGUCUGAUGAAAAAAUAAAAGUAUUAUAUGAGAAUUUCAGCAUCAAUGCAACAUAAUGUUUGACUGGAAGUCCUUUAUAAGAACUGCAUAACUAGAGAAACCAUUCAUAUGCUGAUUAACCAACUAAUAUAACAGUGUUUGCAUACACAUUUAAAUAAAUCUGUAGAAAAUUUUAAAAUGCCAUCAAUAAUAAUAACAAUGCUGAAAUUUGUAUAGAUAAUCAAUCUAAAUUUUCAAAAAUAAUUCAAUAGAGAACUUGUGUGGCAGUUUAUCGAUUUUUUUUGCAUAUACCAUUACAAUUGAAACCACUUCACUACAGAAUAUGACUGAAGUGCUAUAAGCUGAUUAAAGAAGGGGUAACAUUUUGUUCAAUUAUUUCGAUUUUAAUCCUGUAUUUUGUAGUUCCUCUGGGCUUUUCAGAGAUUGAUUGAAUUCAAGAAUGAAUGAAAAUGAAUGAAAAAUAGAAAUUUUAAUGUUCACUUUGUCUUUCGUCUAUUUUUUAAUAAUCUAGCCAACACCACAUAGGUAUUUGGUGCACAACUUGUAAAUUGGUAAUAUAAAAAAUUGGAUCGCAAACCUGACUGUUUUAGCAUUGUAUAUAAUCUAACAUUAUGUAUAUUUUGAACAGAUUACGAUUUAUUGGAUUCAUUGACCGUCACAACACCAGGAGAAGGCCAGUGUUCUAUUGAUAACGGAUAAUUGAAGUUUGUUUUAUUUGUAUGUAAAAAACAUGCAUAACGUAUGCUAAUAGAAACAUUUAAACGAACAAUGUGUGAAAAACAUUUUUGUUUGAAUUUAUUAACUAUUGUACAUAUUGUAGUAAUUUUUGUAUAAUAUUAUGAAUUGUAAGUUUAAAUUUUUGAAACUCAUGACACGACUAUAUGUUGUUUCUUCCAUUUAAAAAUGCUUAUCCAGCAGAAAAAGCUGAAAAGGGUUACAAGAUUAAUAAAAUAUCCAUUGGAUUUUAUGACUGAAGAUCUCUUAAUCUGGAUUCUGCACAACAGUAACGUGUUUAAACUAUUCAGCUUAAAGUCAUAAGAAACCUCAAAUAAAAAAAAAAUAAUGCAUAUGUUUUUUAUAACUCAAUGGAUAGUUUUCAUUAUAAAACUUAUGUACAUAUACUUUUUUCUGAAGAAAAUUCUUUAAUUUAUUCAUAUUUAGAAGAAGUUUACUUUAUUGUAAUUGCUUCCUUCCAGCAAGCAAUUCCCCCGAUAUAUUUUCCGUAUGCAAGGUGACCUCAAUGUGACCCAUCUCGUAAAAAUCCGGUGACCACAAUACGCAUGGAUGUCCUUAAAAUAAACUAUUAUUUGAAUUUACAUGUUAAACACGUGCUCAAAUUCCAUGCUUUUUUGUUUAUUUUUCGUCAAUUGUUGACAAACAGGUGACAACCGUUAAACUUCGGCUUCAAAACACGAACUUUAAUUACCUGCCAUAUUUUCACAACAACACUGACCGAUUGAAAAAUAAAUUGACGAUUAUACGAAAUUUACACGAAAAAAAUGAUAAAUUCGAGCACAGAAGACUAAGUUUAUGAUGUUUGUAUGCAUUGGUUUAAGAAUUGGAAGAACAUUAUUUUUCACCGGUCACUCGUUUCUUAUGACUUUAAGAUAUUUCAGUGAGUACCGAAUUUAUUUGUGUUGAUUGGUUUCAUAACUGUAGGGUCGAGUAAUACAAUUCUCAAAACCAAUACGAUACAAUUAACAUUUCGCAGUCCAGUCAAACCAUAUAGUUUUGGUUCAAGUUUUCAGCAAUUAUAUUUUUAUAUUAAACAAGAAUGUGUCCAUAGUACACGGAUGCCCCAUUCGCACUAUCAUUUUCUGUGUUCAGUGGACCGUGGAAAUUGGGUCAGAACUUUAAUUUGGAAUUAGAAUUAGAAAAAUCAUGUCAUAGGGAACAUGUGUACUAAGUUUCAAGUUGAUGUAACUUUAACUUCAUCAAAAACUACCUUGACCAAAAACUUUAACCUGAACUUCGCACUAUCAUUUUCUAUGUUAAGUGGACCAUGAAAUUUGGGUCAAAACUAUAAUUUGGCAUUAAAUUUAGAAAGAUCAUAUCAUGGGGAACAUGUGUACUAAGUUUCAAAUUGAUUGGACUUCAACUUCUUCAAAAACUACCUUGACCAAAAAAACUUUAACCUGAAGCGAACGGACGCACAGACGGACGCACAGACGGAAGAAGUGAAAACCACUCAACAGUUUCCUGCCUUUUGGGAUACACGAUAACAUGGUGCCUUUGUACACUACGUUUGUUUAUCCCCUAAAUGCACAAUUAACCUCAGUCUGUCAUAAAACAUGUAACAACUAAAUAGUGACAAGACUGUAAAUUAAAAAAAACCUAUGACAAACCAAUUUGUUUGUUAAUGGUAUAUAUAACAUUAAAGUCAAGUUAUUAUAGGUUUUAAGCUUACUUCAUUGAUCGUUAGGCUGACGUGUACAUACUUAAUUCUUCCACAUCUGGUUUACGAGCGGUUUUUUACUAUAAAAUAUUGCAAAAAACAAAAUUCUGAUGUGAAUCUGAUCCGAUUGCACUUUUAGUACAUAAAUUCACACUUCACAAUAGUUGUAUACUUUUCAGUUUUUGUAGUAUUGUAUGAGACUUUUAAUCUUCCUUUCGUCUUUUAUAUUUAUCAAGGUGACAUUUCAGUGUUUUGCCUUUUUUUUCUUUUUUUUCCUAUUUCUUGGCCCCGAAUGUACCUAUACAAGUUCAUAGAAACAGUUGCCGUGCGUAUUACAAAAAACCCACAUUUAGUGUGCUUCAUGUUUAAGAAAUUAAUACUCAGAAGAUCAAACUAUUUGCGUUGUUCCUUCAAGGAAACGAUGUAUUAGAGAUAAUAAGAAGAAAUUUUAAUCCCUGCUUAGUUUUGCUUACAAAAUUUUAUUCUUUCUUGAGGGAAUAUUAGAGGUUGAUAUGUUGUAAAGACAAUUAAGUUUUUUGAGUUGUUAGUUGUUCUCGCAGUCACUCAUACCUGACGUCGCCUUUUAAUUUUAAGUAUGCUUCUAUGAAUAACUGCACAUGAAACGGUUAUUAAAAAUGGAUGUAUUAUGUUAUUUAU